AUGCUUCAAUGGGGUUUUGUAACAAUUUUUAUUCAAAUACUUUGGGAACGUAAAGUGAAAUGUGGAGCAACAGGCAAGCCAGGAAAAUUUUGUGAAAAUUUAACAUUGAAACCAAAUAAAAUGGGUGCUGCCCGUGAGAAAGCGUUCAUUUUAAGCCACGUUCUGAUGAUUAUCAAGCUUGUGGUUGCAAUGAUGCAAGUGGGUAAUCUUCCGUUACCAUUGCCUAUUUUAGCUCCAGCUUUGCAUGCAGAUUUUCCACCGGUUCAUAUUGGAAUAAAGGUGAGCUUAAUGUAA